AGGUGGUAUGGCGAGCUCCUUGCGUUCGGCGGGACGCAUGUUCAUUAGAUUACCCUGUGAGGUAUAAAAGACUCGAGAUUUCAGGAACUUGUCACUCGUCAGACGCAAGGAAGCCUCUUUACGACAUUGCCGCUCUGUCUUUAGCCGUUUGUGGUAGAAGCAGAAGUUUCACAAUGAAGAUCACCCCUGUAAUGUCCUGCCUGGUCUUGGCCUCUGCCUUGCUUGUCACGGCGGAAUGCUACAGAAUAACUGAUCCCGGCGAUCUCGAAAAACCACAAGAAAAUGACGAGCCUGGACCGCCUAUGAUAAAGAUUCCCGUCAGACACGGCAAGAGGGAAUUUAAUGACGAUUUGGAAGAUACGACACUGCUUCAUUACCCCUUCAGGGUCGCACGCAAAAGGGAGCUUUUCAACGCUGGUGGCCCUCCCCCAAUCUACCUUCCUGUAAGGCCAGGAAAACGCGGGUAUUACAGAGAUAACAUACAAGAAACUCGCCAGUAUCUCGACCCUAGACCCGGCAAGAGAAGUAGGAACCAUUAAUGGCGGUGGACAGAUAGAAAGUUAUCCCCUCCCACCGUGUAUAGGUGCGAUCUACAGCAUGUUAACAGUAUACAAAACUUAAACAACAAAUUUAUUUUUAAUUUCAACCUUUUCCUUUUAAUGUACGAGCAUGCGAGGCCAUGGUGGAGAAAAAAACUAUGCAGAAGUUAUCAUAAUGUAUGUAUAUGAAAUAUCAAAAACAAAGAAUAAAAAAAAUCGUAUUACCCGA